AUGGCAUGCGUUGCUAGUUUUUCGGCUGAUGCCCCGGCGGCGGGAGGUCAUAUCCACUUGGGUAACUUUCCCCUUUACCUUAUGUCUUCCCCACAUUUACCAGUGCACUCACACGCCGCAGUCACCGACAAUGCCGACUUGAUCUUCCUGCAGCGUGCUCUGGACCUCAUUCUUCCCAAGCUGGCCAAGGUCAUUCAGAACCUCCAGGAGUUUGCCCUCCAGUACAAGGACAUGCCCACACUGGGGUUCACCCAUUACCAGCCGGCCCAACUCAUCACUGUUGGAAAGCGCGCCGCGCAGUGGAUUCAGGAGCUCCUCAUGGAUCUGGAAGACAUUGAGACAGUCCGUGAGAAGCUUCAGUUCAGGGGUGCCCAGGGUACUACUGGCUCUCAAGCAACCUUCCUUGAACUUUUUGAGGGAGAUGCGGACAAGAUCGUGCGGCUCAAUGAGGUAGGCGCUGACACCGUAAAGGUUGACCUCCGCGUUGCCAAUGCUGUUUGCGCCCUCGGUGCGACCGCCGAGCGGAUUUGCUCCGAUAUCCGUCACCUGGCCAACCUGAAGGAGAUGGAGGAGCCGUUUGAGAAGAGCCAGAUCGGAAGCUCGGCCAUGGCUUACAAGGUAGGGCCUGUUGAUUACUGCGAAGAGAGACGCGCACUAACCAAACUCCAGCGCAACCCCAUGCGGUCUGAACGCAUCACUGCCCUUGGCCGCAAGCUUGCCCGCCUGCCCGCCAACUUCACGGCCACGUUCGAGACGCAGUGGUUCGAGAGAACUCUGGACGACAGCGCCAUCCGCCGUAUGGACAUCCCCGAGAUGUUCCUGCUGGCCGACUCGAUCCUUAUUGCACUGGAUAAUGUGACCAACGGUCUGGUCAUUUACCCCAAUGUUAUUCGGUCCCGUAUUGACCAGGAGCUCCCGUUCAUGGCUACCGAGUCGAUUCUGAUGAAGCUCUCCACCCACGGCGUCUCUCGCCAGGAAGCCCACGAGGAGAUCCGCGUCCUGUCUCACCAAGCCAGCGAUGUUGUCAAGCAGCAGGGUGGUCGCAACGACCUCCUCGAGCGGGUCAAGAAGACCGAAUUCUUCAAGGCGAGUUCUCUGAUUGAAUGGACUCAACAAGUCGACCCCAAGCUGUUCAUCGGCAACUGUCCCAAGAUCGUCGAAGACUAUUGCAACGGCGAGGUGGCGGAGAAGCUGGCGAAGUACAAGGAAUCGCUGGACAAGGCCGUGACCGCGCAGCUCUCGAUCUAA